AUGUUGGUAGCAACUAUGCCCCAGACGCAAUACCUCCAGGUCCCCAAGGCAUUACCUGGACGGAGGUCACGGUCUCGCUCGAGGACCAGCAGGACGAGGGAGCCUUCGCCUGUCGAGGUCUACUCGCCAGAUCGAGUCGUGGUCUCGCCUAUGAAGCUCAGCUUCUCCUCAGUUCCUAUCAGGUCGCCGUCGCCAGACAGACAAUCGUUCAAGCCAGAACCCUACAGGAAACCUAGCUUCACCAAUGGUCAUUACAACAAGAUGGCGACCACAUCUUGGUCCGAAAAGCCACGGAGGAUAGCGUCAUGUCCUGUGCCGAGCCUUGAACUGGAGGACGCUCCAAUGACCGGCACCAACUACGACGAUCUGAACGAAGGACUCUACACGAUGGAACAAUGCGUGACACCACCACCUGAGCCUCCCUUGAAAGAGAGACUAGUCGGCGCGUGGAAGCUGGAAUCAUACAUUGCAUACCCAACCCCAGUAUCACCCGUACAACGGCCGACCUUUCCCAUGACCAAGAACGUUACCGGAUUCAUCAUGUACACUCCCGAUGGCUACAUGUCCGCCCAGAUGCUCAUACCCGGCCAACAAAGCUUCAAGCGCGGCGAAGGAGAAGAGCCGCAAUGGGCUGAGGCUGGCAAGCGGUGCUUCGCAUAUUGCGGGCCAUACUACAUCAGCAAUGAAGGUCUCGGUCGGGAAGAGAUUCUACGGCACACGUUCCAAUGUUGUAGCUUGCCAGGUUGGAUAGGCGACAUCCAGAUCAGAACGCAUCGCUUUGAGGAAGACGGUCAAGUGCUCGUGCUGGGCAGCGAGGAGCCGACAGAGGUCAAGGGCGACAAGCGCAUACCAGUCCUCAAAUGGCGCCGAGCACGAGACAACAGCAAUGGCGUCCCACCCCCUCCGACACCGCAAAUCAAAGUCAGCGGUCCCGGAGAGCCCUGA